AUGCGCACACCUAAUUCUCUCUUCCGGCUUCGUUCUGAAACCCAGAUCACAAUGGCGGCGGGUCAGAAUAUUCCAGAGCUUGGAGGCUAUGAUUUUGAGUUUACAAGUGUAGUUCCCGAUGAUUUUGAAUGUCCUGUGUGUCAGUUAACAAUGAAAGAUCCCAUACAGAUCGGAGGAUGUGGCCACAGAAUUUGUAACAUAUGCUUGGAGAGUUUGUUGAGGUAAGGGCGAAUCAUUGUAUGUCGAAACAAGCUACAACUGAAAACAAUUAAGGUUAUCUGAAAGUUGAAUUACGAUAUUGACCGGUUGAGUCACUUUCCAAGGGGUAUCAUAGUGUGCCUUAGCUAUAUAGAAAUAACUGCUAGAUAGCUUUAUCCGGCAUAAAACAUUGCUUCAGCACAAGCGCGUCUAAGAGAGUUAUCGAAUGAUUUGAUCUUUCUCGUUUACUUUGUUAAACAUGAAUCGACUGAAACUAAUUACAAUUUGUCUUUUAAAUGCAAAUGUUAAUUAUAUGCUAUAAGUCUAUCAUUAUGGAUUCCGCAACAAGAUAUGGCCCAGUAAUGACUUUAUAAUAAAUAAUACACGCGAUAACCGAUUUUUAAAGAUUUUGUUUGUUGUCUGAUUCUUUUGUUUGACUGAUGUUGCAAAUUUCCUUCCCUCAGAGGCCAUUCUCCGAAAUGUCCUGUAGACAGACAGCCUCUUUCACGUGAUAAGGUAAUGAUAUCCCAUGUCUUCAUACUUGCGGGUCACGCAAACUAGCGAUUCCACGUUCUGCCCUCGGUGAACAGAUCCUUAAGCAUUUAACUUACAACUCGAAACGCAUUCUCCGUCAAAUGGGUGCCUGUAAAAUGCCGAAAAGAGCACAACGCAUAAAUUAUGACGGACAAUGCAGUUGACGCCAUGUGGUCACUCAGUAUUCGUCACGCAAAAUACGGUUUUGUCGAAUUGCUCUCGCUUUAAAGGCUGACCUUUCGGUGACAUACUUUGUUUGACGCUGAAUUCUUGACUAAUCUUUAGGCUACUCGUUUCACAAAGAGUCAUAAAAGCCCACUAGACGCUUAGAUCCCUCAGUGUAACGUUGCGUAAAUUGAGUACCGCGGGUCUCGAAAUUCUUACCCUGAUUAACUAAUACUCAAGUAGUGUUAUUUAAAUUUAGGUAGCGACAAUUUUGCCAACAAAAUAAGGACAACAACACGAUCAAUUAAUGAUAAUGUUCUUUAUUGUAACAUAUGGCUUUGAUAUAAAUAAAAUAAAAAUAAAUUUUCAAGGGAGAGAUAAUACAAAUAUUAGGAAAAGAUAACAUCGUAAUAUUCCCCAAAGUUAACAAACGUUUGAAUUGGUAAAGAAUGUGAUAGCCGAUAAAGAAAUUACUCGCGAACCUAAAAGAACUCUGCCAACGAUUUCGUUUUCCCUAAUACUGUACGUUAUCAGGAUUAUAAAAACUUUUCAACGCAUCAACAAUUCAUAUCUCUCCCCUUGUGGGACUGACUUGAGCUGUUUUUAUCUAUAGUAAGAAUCCCGUCAGUUAUUUGCGGGCGAUCCUCUUCGCAUAUUUUUUGUCAAACGAGUAAAGAACUUAUCAGGAUGCCAGAAGAGUGCAUGCAGAAUUGAUAUUAGUUUUCUGUUUUACUGCGAGUAUCACCGUGACCAUAUCUUCAGAAGUACCAUCGCUAGGUAAGCGACGUCAUAAUAUCUUAUUUUUCGAAGAGUUGUCUCCAAAAAUCUCUUUAUUUGAUAUGAUAUUCGAAUCUACCUCUCACUUUUUUAACUACCACGGAUGGAUGUUUUAAUUUUGGAAGCAGCUCAUUCUAUUUUUUCGAAAUAAACGGUGUUUAACGCCUUGUCCUCACGUAGUGCUUUACCCAUAGGUAUAGCCUUGUCACAGCUUUCCCGUUCCAUGAAUAGGAACUUUAUCGCUUUCUCGGCGAGUACUUCCUAAAUAUAUCUGUAAAAUAUCGCUUUAACUAAAAGUUCGACUUCUCUCAAAACACACAUGUUAAGUAAGAUCGCCUCAGGUUUCGCACACUAUUUGGCACGCAUAUAAACAUACUUGUCAAGCAAGAUUGACUACAACACACGUACUCUAUUCGGCACGCACGAAACGCACAUGUCAAAUGAGAUUGACUACAAGUAUCGUGUUCUAUUCGGCACGCACACAAAACGUACAUGUUAAGUAAGGCGGACUUCAAGUCUCGUACUCUGUUCGGCACGCACAGAUACGCACAUUUCCAGUGAGAUUGACCGCAACACUCGUAUUCUAUUCGGCACGCACAGAAUUGCACAUGUCAAUUAACAUUGAAAACGUCUCGCUCACUAUUCGAGACGCACAAAAACGCAUAUGUAAAGCGAAAUUGCCUCAAGUCUCGCACUCUAUUCAGGACGCACAGAAAACGCACAUGUCGGUGAGAUUGUCUACAAACUCGUACUCUAUUCGGCACGCUUAAAACGCACAUGGUUAGUAAGAUUAAAUUCAUGUCUCGCACUCUAUUCGGCACGCACAAAAAACGCACAUGUCGAGUGAGAUUGACUACAAGUCUUGUGCUUUAUUCGACACGCACAAAAACGCACAUGUCAAGUAAGAUCGCCUUAAGUUUCGCACAUAUUAAGUACGGCUGACGUCGAGGCCUCGUACUCUAUUCGACACGCGAAACAACGCACAUAUCAAGAAAGAUUGACUACGAUACUCGCACUCUAUUCGACACGCACAGAAACGCACAUGUUAAGUAAGAUUACCUUAAGUUUCGCACUAUAUUCAACACACACAGAAAACGUACCCUAUUUGGCACGCUCAGGAAACUCACAUGUCAAGCAAGAUUGACUACAACACACGUAUUCUAUUCGGCACGCACGAAACUGGCAUGUCAAGUGUGAAUGACUUCUUGCGCUCUGUUCAGCGCGCUCAGAAAACGCAUAUGUCAAUUUAGGUUGACUACAAGUCUCACUCUCUAUUCGGCACGCACAGAAAACGCACAUAUCUAGCUAUAGUAAGAUUGCCUCAAGUCUCGUACUAAUUUGGGCACGCACAGAAAGUGCACAUGUUAAUAAGGGAAUAACAUGACUUUUUGAGGGAAUAUUGUUUAUUUGCGCCCGCGUAGUGUCAUUUGCGGCCCGAGCGCGAAGCGGGCGCAAAUAAACAAUAUUCCCGAAAAUAGUCAUGUCAUUAUCAUUAUUAUCAAUAAACAAGGCCAAAUGAUAUCAAGAAUGCGAGUUUUAAUAAUACCUUUUUUUCCGCCUGACCUUUUGCUUCUAAUUUGUCCAAAUCUUCUAACCCCAAAUCUGAGUUUUGACUGCUAAUUUCUUCCAUUACUUCAGUUUUCGCUCGAAGACGAUUCGACGACUGAAAAAACUGCAGUUCAAAACCGGAGUUUCGCGAAUGAAUGGUUUUCCCGCGUCAACGCUAGGCUUACUCUAAUUGGUUAAAAUCCAUCGGAUGAUGAAGCAAGAACCAAUCAGCUGUAGGGCUGAUAAUGCAUUAGCAGCCCGCUGUCAGUCUUUUGCGGCCCGCUGAGCGUGUGUUUUGAAGAGGCCGAUUUUCUAUUUGGCCGCGUAUAUUGAUAAUAAUCAAGAUUAAAAUAAAGUCUCGCACUCUAUUCGGACUCGAUACAGACAGCUGAUCUGUGGAUUUCCUAUCCUAUUUUAGAACUCUCUAGCUCUUUUCUUCGACAAUCUGCUUCUGUUGUAAUAUUGUUAUUGUUAUUCGUCAGCCUGUUAUUCUGACAGCUGGGAAUAAUGAAGCUUGCCUUACUUGACAUAAAGUUACAAAUUUUGGAGUUAAUGGUUGAGCUCUUACAUUGUAUCUUAUUUUAAGUUUUGACAAGUUUAUAUAGGGACAUAGCGAAGGAUUUUGCAACUUAAGCAACAAGUUACGAAUGGCUCUGUCUCAUAAUUUGAUAUUUUUGUAAGCGCUUUUGAUAAUCAGCAAUCGCAGAUCGUUUUUAUCAAAACCGAGGUUUUCGUUAUUUUUUGUUUGAAUCACACACUACCACUGCUGUGUGAUUACAACGUGGUAGUGAUGGGUAUUACGCAUUCAAUUUAUCUUCUAUUUUCUCUUACCAUUUUCACAACCUGGCAUGACCGUCAAUGAAAUAAUUCAGGAAUGGUAAUAAUCAUUGUAGGAGACCCGCAGUACUCAAUUUAGGCAACGUUACAUUUGGGGAUGUUAGCGUUUGAGGGCUGUUUUGAAUAUUUGUAGAACGAGUAGCCUAAAGAUAAGACAAGAAUUCAGCAUCAAACAAAGUAUGUUACCAAAAGGACAGCCUUUGCAGCAAGAGCAAUUCGACGAAGCCGCAUCUUGCGUGAAAAAUAUUGAGUAACCGCAUGGUUCCGAUUGCAUAAUCAGUCAUAAUUUAAGCGUCUUACUCUCUUCGGCAUGGUGCUCAAUUCGGCGUUUUCCGAAGGGUAAAACCACAGAGAAUUGAAGUUAAUUUGGAAGCAACAGACUGCAUUUCUAUUAGUCUAACAGCUUAACAACUUACUCGGGAUGUUGGAAGAACACGAGAAAAGUUUGUAAAUCACGAGCUAGCGGAGGUUCUCCCUACAUCCUGCGCGGGUUAUUGCGCCGGUAAGCCGAUAGAAAGUGCGUUUCCUUUCUUAAUUAUCUUCAAGUGGAGGACAAAACGUAUGCCCUUGAUUUGAAUUGGAAAAAAAGCUCCAGCCAUGUAAAUUCAGCCAGAAAAUUUUGCGUAGAAGCUGGAGAAUUGGGAAAUCCAUCUUGUAAUAGUGCAUUAUAGUUUUAUUUUAAUACUGCCAGUCCAUUUAAACACUGCCCGUUCUUUUUAUGCUACAAGCAAAAACUGACGGCAUUUUUUUCUUUUUCUUUUUUCUCGCUCAAGAUCUCAUUCUUUUUAUAUCUUCUUUCAAGUCCUCCACGCCUUUGUUGAAGAGUGAAAGAUCGUAAUUAAGCAUUAUCUUGUUGACAUCAGUGUAACCUGAUUAGAAUGUAUUGCCCGUGAAUAUGCUUGUGUCUGGGUUCUCAGAUAUUUCCAGAUGUCGCUUGUCAUCGCAAAAUUCUGGAUCUCAAGGUGAAAUGUUCUCAUGUUGGGUGUCCUUGGAAGGGAGAACUCCGAGCUGUGCAGGUAUUAUAUUUACGUCAAAUCCACGUAAGGGCGUUCUCCAUCACCUCAUUUGCAGUUAAUCCCAAAAAUUUAAAAAUCUCUUGAGCAUUGUAAUUUUUCUCCAGAAUAAUAAGCAAGCGUUGCGCUUAUUCCUUCUACUCUUAAUCACUGACGCAACAAGAUAAGACUUCGACAAUUUCUUGCACAAUAGUAAAGGUCUGGAGUGGACAGCGGUGUUGUUUUACCAUUUUCAAUCUGCGGUGUCAUAGUCAGCAGUUUGCGCGUGACAUGACAGAUUUUCCCAAUAUCUACUAAUCUUUGAUAGGUGCUUAUCACUGACGAAGGGCUAGCGUUCGAAACGUCAGCUUUUUUACCCUUUACGGUGGCCAAUUUACGUUUUCAACUCAGUUGUUAACACUAACUUACCUGCUAUACUCUCCCACUGACGCAGCACCACAGUUUCUUUAGAAACUUACCCCCUUUAUUCGCUUAUCGUAUUAGACGUUUAAUUAAUAUUUAUCCCUAAUUUUUGGGAUAUCAUUAUUAUCAAAAAGUCACACGUAAAUUUCACAUUUCUUUUCUUAGAUCCUAGACCGUCAGUUAACCGACUGUUUCACGUUCAAUCAAGUCUCCCUUAUUUUCUUUAGCCUGUUGAAUGUCUUAGCAGAUUGAUUAAUGAUUACAUUGCUGUUUAUUCUUGAUAAAUUGGGAUUUAAGAAACAUCAGUCAGAAUGCCUGUUCAAAGUGGUGGAGUGUCGAAAUAAGGGAUGUAAAGAGAAGCUCACCAAGCGAGAUAUGAUCAAUCACACGAUAACGGCAUGUGUCUGGAGGAAAGUUAGUUGUAAAUAUUGUCGAGGAUCAUUUAUCGUGAAAAACGAGCAGGUUUGUUUACAAAAAUAUAUUCCUUAUAUAGCUUUUACAAGAGCAGCAUCUCGAACUUUUGCUUUUCAUCCAAAGUGGAAAAGUGGUGAUGACUUUCAAUCUUUAUUAAGUCAAGAUUUUGUUGAGCUCUAGGUAUCUUAUCUAGGUAUAUUCGAUAUAAAAUUGUUACACAGAAGCAUCUGACUAAAGUUGGUCUUAAAUGUUGGGUUCGAAAACUUUGAGCCCUUACUGAUAAAAAUGUGAGUACUUACGCCAUAAAUUUCGUUAGUACAACAGCCUGUCUUUAUUGGUCAUAAUUUUAAUAUGACAGGGCGAAUUUUGAAAGUACUUUAACUAUAAAAACUUCUUUUCGAUUUUCUUCAGCAACAUCACAACGUCUGUCAAAAGUUUCCGGUUCAAUGCACCAAAAACUGUGGUCUGAGUAAUAUUCCACGAGAAAAGGUAAGAUGUAAUAUUCUCAGUGAUUCUCAGUAAUUCUAACCAGAGUUUAAUUGAAAGUUCAUGGACAUACCCGUAUGGGACAUAGUGCUGCUUUAUAUGAAACUUCCCUGUGUAUUUGUGUUGUUCUGUCGUGAGACGAACUCAAAGUCCGGCAAAAUUUACUUGCUAGCGACUAUGAAAUACACAUGGUGUGCCUACUUGCCGCCACCGUUUACUGGCAUAAAUCACUACAAUUUGUGAAAAAAUCUAACAUAACACUCUUACCUUGGUUAUUUAUGAUUUUAUUAGCUGUUUCGAUGAUCAAGUUAUGCUCUACCACAUUUUAGCCGGAUUUGAGUUCCAGUUUAUAAAUCUUCUCCACAUUAUUAUAUCAGUUGCAUGACAAGCGUGACAUAUAAAUUUAAAGACGAACCAACCUACGAAUUACCGAGGGUGAGUUUCUUUAGGAGGAUCCGGAUUAGGAUUUGUGAUCCAUGAUCACACAGAUCACGGUGCAUGAAAAGAAUGGAGUUUUAGACGAGCUCUCAGAGAAUUCCAAAAAGUGCGCUAUGUUACGACUUGUGUAUACACGUGGGUUAUUGAGCUCUUCCCUGAAUGGCUCGUUUAGCUGCACGGGCUUUUAGCGCGGGCACAAUUUUUCUAAUUAGCACUAUUCGUUAUGAUCAUAGUCGCUAGCAAGUAAAUUUUGCUGGACUUUGAGUUCGUCUCACGACAGAACAACACAAAUACACAGGGAAAUUUUUACAGUAACGUUAUAACCAUACUUUUGUCUAUUAAAAGGAUGGUUAUAAAGUCAGUGUCAGAGGACAUUAAGGUCGUUAUUUUCUGCCUUGAGUGAGCCCCCCAGAAUUUAAUCUUGGUAGCUCCAUGACAGGGAAACAGUCCAUAUUACGGUAACGAUCCCUUCAAGGAAGUUUGCUCCGUUAAAUUUUGUCGGGGAAUGCCUUAGACUACUAUGGAACAUUUUUAAAUGUUGUCUCUUAAUUCAGUUUCCUGAUUCAUAAAUUACGAAAUCUAAGGAGUAAUUUUGAGACGCCGAAUGAUUUGUUUUUCUUUGCACGAAGGAGGAUUUCCCUGGCUCCUCACUCAAGACUAAUUCUUUUUCAUCUUUUUAUUGUUUUAGCUCUUGGCCCAUAUUCGUGAUGACUGUCCUUUGACUGAAAUUGAUUGUAAAUACAGGAACUUAGGAUGCCAAAGUGCGGUAUGAAACAUCUUUCAGUGUAUAUUAAUUUACUGGUUUGGUGGGAAGGUUGUACGUUUGUAUUGUAUUUCUAUGGGCGGUCGUCACCACCAAAAAUACAAGGAUGUCAAAUAGAUCAGACGAAUAGAUUUGACGCAACGCUACACCGUUUGUGUACUGUAUUGCAAAUGAGUGCUAGGCUAUUCGCAAUUGAGCUAGUCCAUUUCACAAUUUCAUGUUUUAACUCGACAUGGGCAACUAGACCGUUUAUCAUUUGGCUAAACUAUCCAUGUUUAGGGUGUUCUGUUUCACGAAGGAAAACUAAACCGUCUAUAAUUUGGCCAUGCCAUUCCUUUAUUAGCUAUGCUAUCCUGCAGCUGAUCUUUAGACCAGCUUUGUAUUUGCUGAUCUAUUUGACAUCCUUGUAUUUUUGGUGGUGACGGCCGCCCAUAUAUUUUCAUAUCAUAUUGUGAAAAUAAAUUACAACCGAUUUUCAAAUAUAUAUACAUUCUUUCAUAUUGUAGAGUUUAAAAAAUUCCUACUACCCAGUGCGGCAGUUGAGUUAAACUGUGGAAUACUGGAAGGAACGAUUAGUUAAAAAAUUAGCAAAGACUGAAUGCUAGAAUUAAUUUUAAAAGAGUUUAAUAGCAUCUUCGUGUUUUUUUUCAGUUCCCAAGAACGAGGACAAAAACUCACUUAGAAUCACACAUGGAAAGCCACCUGAACUUAGCUCUAUGCGGGCUUGAGACCACUCAGAAUCAGGUUAAAGAUCAGUCAAAGCAGAUUGAGCGAUUGACAUCCAUAUUCAAUGAUCAGUCACAACAGAUAGAAAGAUUGGUGGCCAAAAUUACAGAACAGUCAAAGCAGAUAGCCAGUUUAACGUUCACUGUGCAGGGUCUGGUGCAGCAUGUGGAACGCUUGGGUAAGUUUCUAAAGAAACUGUGGUGCUGCGUCGAGGGGGGAAGUAAGAUAUCUUGGUUUUAUCAACUGAGUUGAUGAUGUAAAUUGGUCACCGUAAAGAAUUUCUAAAGCUAACGUCUCCACCGGCAGCCCUUCGUCAGAGCGAACAUAGAAAUUUUGGGUUGCGUGUGUUUUAUAUGUAGAGAAAUGGAAGUCUCACCAAUAAUCACACUCUUACUCGUAUCUGACACGUUAUUACCCGCAAGUGAGUAUUUAAUGGGAUUUUUUUAAGAGUGGGCGUAUUGGAGGGGCGUAUUGGUCUGUAAAUUCGCUUAUAAACUCAUGUUACACAGAGCUACGUCAUUUGAGCUCCGAGCAAAACUAUUGGUUUGUGUUGGCCUUUGAUGACCUAAAAACAUAAAUGAAGUCUUAUUGAUGAACCUAAUGUAUUUUGUAUGAUGGUCGUUUUAAUUAUCUAUUGUUUUUGUUAUUUAUUACAGGUGAUACAAUGAAACAGGGCUUCAAGCCUAAAUCAAUUAAUGAUAUUGAAGAAGGUAUGAAGGUAUUGUUUGAAUUUUGGGGCAAGAAAUAUCGUGGAACAGUCAGGUACGUCGGACCUGUCCCUAGACUUGGAAAUCAGCUCGGCAUAGAGAUAGAUCCGGCUGAAGGUGAAUAUUGAUAUAUAAAUAUUGAAAUACUCUGAUAGAACUACGUAAGAGUAAAAGGUAAAAGUGAAUAAGGUCGUGAACUUGAAACUUUUAAAAGAUUGUACAUCGACUGCUGUAAGUGUAAGUAUCUUUCGUUCAGAAGAGCUAUUUUAUACGCACUGUCUAGGGAGCUGUCCUGAAGCACUAACAUUGAUAGGCAUCAUGGAAAUGUAUUCUGAAGGUAAUAAAACGAGGGUACUCAUUGAGGUUUAGUACCGAGAUAACCCGCCCCAAGAUCGAAACGUUGUCCUUUCAUGAUGAAGGUUUGUGGGAAAAGGUUCUCCCCUCAUUCAUAGUAAAACUAAACCUGCAUUUAGAUUUAGUAAAUAAGACUCACCUUUUAUAUUGAUUUUCUCUUACUUUAGAUAACUGAAAGUUUUUUCUCUUUAUUCAGAGGUAGAGUUUCCACCGUUUUGCUACAGUAGACACAGCGGAACAUAUAACGGAAAAAGAUACUUUAGCUGGUGGGUAAUGUCAUGUCUUUCGCUUAAGAUAAUUGCUGUAACCCAGAAAUUCUUAUUCGAUGUAUACGCCAUGUGACAUCGAUGGUGUCAAAUAAGCAGGAGAUUAAUUCUGUAACGUUUCCAUCUACUCAUACACAUCUGUUUUCGGUUGGUUUCUUAAAAAAAAUGACAUAGGAUCUUUUUUUUUUGUAUUAACCGUCAGUGCACCUGAUAGAGGCUGCUGGGUCGAUUUUUCCCGCGUUAUUGAGUGUUACGAAGACGAUAACAGUAAUGUGGCUCCUGAUUCUUUGCUUCCAAUGUGAAAGUAGAAGAAAAUUUAGAACAUUCUCUGUCUACCAUCUUGAGAUGUUCGUCCACUGCUCGAAGGAGAUUUCGUCGACCAAUCACAGCAACUACUCCUUGGUCUACCGUCUGUUUGUGAAUUCAAUAGAAGUUAACAGGCCUGUCUUAAGGCUCGAAGAAUUUCAAAGAUUUUACGAACGUAUGAUAUUAAAGUAGAAACCAAAGAUUCUUAAUUUACAGACGUUUCUUCAAGAAAGCAUUGUGUAAACUUUCUCCGUAGUCAAUAAGCUUUUAAUCAUUAUUCACAGCUCUUUUGUUAUUUGUUUUUUGUCUUUCAAGUGUCAUUUACGGAGAAUAGGUAGAUACUAUGUAUAUUAAUUGCAACUUUAUAAAGCCAGGACCGCCACAAACUGAGGAAACUGGAGGAAAAUUUUAAUCAUCGGCCUCAACACAUGCCUCAGUAGACGAGCAUCACUUUGCAUCACUUUCAACAGCAUUUCAUGCUUGUACUGACAUCACAAGAUAUAAUUUAGGUAAUACCGCAUUUCCUCGAAUAGGCGUCCGGGCAGCGUAUCUAAAAUUACGGCAAAAGGAGAUGCACUUUUAUACGGAGGAUGGUGGUUAAUCUAGGGCGUGCUUAUUUAGUUUUCCUUUCAACGAACUGUUUCCUUAUUUUGGCUACAUCUUAAAUAGAAAAAACAAAGCUGCAACAUCCACGCAGACGUCAAGUCAGUAUGGCGAUAGCAAUAACUAGAAGCGAAACUAUUCUCCUGUACUGAUUCGGUUGUGGUUGGUCCUUAAAAAGUUACAAAUAAAGCUGCAAUAGAAACCGAUUUUCCUUGUAUCCCUACUCAUUAAGAAAGCGAGGGAAGAGGCUGUGCUUAUUCGAGGUGGGCGCUUGUUUGAUAUCAUGGUAUCGGGGGCUCGGCGCUUACUCGGGGGAGUAGAGCAUGGGCGCUUAUUAGUAAAUUAGACUCCUCAUUGUAAGAGCUGUAAGCAGCUACUGGCACAGACAACUCAUUCACGACAUUGACAACAGCGAAGAACGCAAACACCGAGGACUGAAUAACAGCACUCACAAACAACAAAUAACAUCACAGCGGCUGACCAAUCAGUUUCCACGAGCCAGAAGUAUAUAUUUCAGGCAACUAACUAUUUCCUGGACUCUGCAGAUGACUUUUGCUAUAAGUGGAUUGGUCAGCCUCUUUCAAAGGAAGCAUUUCUUCCAGAUCUACUCUCAUUCAGACGAUAGGAUUUAUGUUUUAUCGCACACUAGAAAAUCAGAAACAGCGUAGUUUCGUGAAAAAACAACAACAACAAUAAAUGUG